UUAUGUCAUUUUUGAAGUAUUUGCAAGAGUGGGAGAGUAUGAAAAAAAAAUUACCAAUUAGUCCGAGUACUUUACUAGGUUUAAAAGUGACUUUAAAAGCGACCCUUGAGAUUUUAGAUAUGCUGCACGAAAACAAUGAUUAUGACUAUUUGAUGACUGCUACUCUUUCCCAAGACCCACUAGAGAGAUUUUUUUCGGUGAUACGGUUUUCUUGCGGUAGUAACGAUCACCCAGAUCCAAAACUGUUUGGACAGGUUUACCGUCUACUUUCUAGCUUUUCUCUUAUACGACCCCCUAAAGGCUGUAAUGUUACUGGUACUGAGCUGCUUAAGAGCUUAAUGGAAGCUAAAGAUUCGUUAAAAGUUUCGAAUGAAUGCAGAGAACUAUGGCUACAAAAACUUGAUGAUUUAUUAGAUGGUGAUUUACCAUUGGAACAAAGUAUUACUUCCGAAGAGGACCAUGAUUAUAAUGAAGCUGUGACUAGUCAAGAAGUACAAUCCUAUAUUGCUGGUUAUAUUGUUAGGAAGUUUAAAAAAAUAGUUAAAUGCAAUCGCUGCAUUGAAACACUGCAAAUGGAUAGAGAUAAGGGGAAAGAACUUAAUCGUAAUGAUGUAGUUAAUAAAAUGGACUUAUACGGUGGUUUGUUAUAUGCUAGUAAUGAAGUAUUUAUAUUGACGAAGCAACUGGAAGAAUGUGUUCUGAGGGUAAUAAGUAAAUCUAAAAUUAACAUAGAUAUAAUAGAUGAUAUUUAUACAGAAAUGGCAAAAAAAAAAAAAUCUACAGAUAGUUGGAUGCUGCGAACAUACCAAAGAAAUAACCAAAAAAGUUAUUGAUACUUAUAUAAUUAUGAGGGCUCAUUUUCUAGCUACUUCGGAAAAUAAGCGACGCGAAUCUGCUAGAACAAAAAUUAAAAUGUUUAGAAAAAAUGCCAAAUUAUUAACAUGACUUAUUAAAUUUUAAAAAUCUUAUGGUUAACGUAUGAGAUA